GAAGCGGGCGGGGGACGCCGGAGAGGGAAGCGGGGCACGGGAGCGCGGCGGGGCCUGGAGGGAAGGGGCCGGAGCUGGGCUGCGCGCCACGUGCGCCUUGGGGAGGGGGAAGAGGGCGCAUUGCGUACGGAGAGGUCCGGAGCUGCUCGCGUUUUCCGCCACGCCGAGGCCCCAGGCCAUGCUGUCAACCGGCGGGAGAAGAAGGGGCUGAGCGCCGGCGCUUGGGUUCCCGCCGCCAGCCCGCCUCCCUCCUCCGGCCGGGAGCCGCCCCAAGCCACCCACGCCUUCCCGGAGAGGGCUGCUGCGGCGCAACGGGGAGAGGCGGCACGAUGCGGCUGAGGACGGCGCGCCGGUGACCAGGGGGCCGGGGCCGGGGGGAGCCGGCCCGCCCGCCGCAGUGUCCCCGCCGCAAAGGUUGGGAGGGGGGCUCCGGAUCGCGCCAUCCGCGGGGAGGGAGCCAGCAAGUCCCCCCUCCGGCUCGCCCCUGCAAGGAACUGCGGCAGCCCCACGAUGCUUCGCCGGACGAUCAACCGCUUUUUUAUUGGGGAAGAUAAACGUGUUGGGACACGGACCAUCCUGGUUGGCCAUCGCCCAGUUUCUGAAACGGAGGCUUAUGUUCUGCAGAACUUCUGUGACAACAAGAUAAUCUCCUCCAAGUACACGGUCUGGAAUUUUCUCCCAAAGAAUCUCUUUGAACAGUUCCGAAGAAUUGCCAAUUUCUACUUCCUUAUCAUCUUCCUUGUACAGGUCAUAGUAGAUACACCAACAAGCCCAGUCACCAGUGGACUUCCUCUUUUCUUCGUUAUUAUUGUUACAGCUAUUAAACAGGGUUAUGAGGACUGGCUACGGCACAGGGCGGACCGGGAAGUCAACAAAAGCACUGUCUUUGUGAUAGAGGAUGGAAAGCGUGUGAAAAAAGAUUGUGAUGCAAUUGAGGUUGGUGAUAUAGUAGAAGUGUCAAUGGAUGAAACCUUUCCCUGUGACCUUGUAUUUCUCGCUUCGAGUAGCAAAGAUGGAACCUGUUACGUCACUACGGCUAGUCUGGAUGGAGAAUCAAACUUCAAGACUCACUACACUGUGCAGGACACUGCCAAACUCUCUACAUGCCAAGCCAUAGAUUGCCUUAUUGCCACAAUUGAAUGUGAACAGCCUCAGCCAGACCUCUACAAGUUUGUUGGGAGAAUUCACAUCUACACGGACAACCAAGAGCCUAUAGCCAGGGCACUGGGUCCUGAAAACCUCUUGCUAAAGGGAGCAGCGUUAAAAAUUACCCAGAAAAUCUAUGGUGUUGCUGUCUAUACUGGUAUGGAAACAAAAAUGGCUUUGAACUACCAAGGAAAAUCUCAGAAGCGCUCUGUGGUGGAAAAAUCAAUCAACGCUUUCUUGGUUGUUUAUUUAUUUGUUCUUGUGGGCAAGGCCGUGGUGUGCACGACUAUGAAGUAUUUCUGGAUAGAUGGAAAGUCUGUUGAUUUCCCUUGGUACAACCAAAAGACCCAAAGAGAAAGAGAGACCUUCAAGCUUUUAAAAAUGUUCACAGAUUUCCUGUCCUUCAUGGUCUUGUUCAAUUUCAUUAUCCCAGUCUCCAUGUACGUGACAGUAGAAAUGCAGAAAUUCUUGGGUUCUUUCUUCAUUACUUGGGACAAAGAGAUGUAUGAUGAGACAAUGAAAGAAGGGGCUUUGGUAAAUACCUCUGACCUCAACGAGGAGCUUGGCCAGAUUGAAUAUGUCUUCUCUGAUAAAACCGGGACACUGACAGAAAACACCAUGGAGUUCAUUGAGUGCAGCAUUGAUGGAUGCAAGUAUAAUGAUUCCGUUACAGAGGUUGAUGGGCUUGGAUAUUAUGAGAAAGCAGAAAAGAAUCAAGAAGAGCUGUUUCUGCGUGCUUUGUGUCUCUGCCACACUGUUCAGAUUCAGUAUAGAGAUAAAGUUGACGGAGCAAAAUCUCAUCGGGAGUCCUUCUUUCCAAAUUAUGUCUCCUCUUCUCCAGAUGAAAUAGCUUUGCUUAUGGGAGCUAACAAGUAUGGUUUCACUUUUCUAGGACAAGAAAAUGGUUUCAUGAAAAUAAAGAACUACAAAAAAGAAGUCGAGAGUUAUGAGCUGCUUCACGUUUUGGAUUUUGAUUGCGUCCGUCGUCGAAUGAGUGUUAUUGUGAGGAUGCCAUCAGGGAAAAUACUUCUGUUCUGCAAGGGAGCAGACUCCUCUGUGUUUUUAAGGGUGCCAGAGAAUGAAAUUAUGAAAACAAAAGUACACGUAGAACGCAAUGCAAUGGAUGGCUAUCGGACCCUUUGUGUAGCCUUCAAAGAAAUACCUGAAAGUGACUAUCUGAAAAUCAGUGUGAAGGUUAAAGAAGCUACAAUGGCUCUACAGGACAGAGAAGCAAAGAUGGCAGCAGUUUUCGAUGAGAUCGAGAAAGACAUGCAUUUGAUUGGGUCCACUGCUGUGGAAGACAGACUCCAGGAGCGUGCAGCAGAAACCAUUGAGGCCUUGCACUCUGCCGGCAUGAAGAUCUGGGUGCUGACUGGGGACAAGAUGGAAACUGCCAAGGCCACCUGCUACGCCUGCAGACUCUUCCAGUCCAACACUGAACUGCUUCAGCUGACGACAAAAACCGUGGGCGAGGACUACCAUAAAGAAGAACAGCUGUACAAGCUAUUAAUGGAAUAUCACAGAAAGGUGGUGAAUGAGACGCCUGAAGACAUGAAAAGGAGCUGGUCAAUCAGUCUGGAUUAUGGGCUAGUGAUUGAUGGUGCAACCCUGACCCUGAUCUUGAAUCCUUCUCAAGACUCAUGUUCUGGCCACUACAAAAGCAUCUUCCUGCAGAUUUGCCUCAAAUGCACUGCCGUCCUGUGUUGCCGAAUGGCCCCUCUGCAGAAAGCACAGAUUGUUCGAAUGGUUAAGAAUUCAAAAGGCAACCCGAUAACUCUUGCGGUAGGAGAUGGUGCCAAUGAUGUUAGCAUGAUCUUGGAAGCUCAUGUUGGCAUAGGUAUCAAAGGCAAAGAGGGCCGCCAGGCAGCAAGGAACAGUGACUAUGCCAUCACCAAGUUUAAAGAUUUGAAAAAAUUACUGUUGGCGCAUGGGCAUUUGUACUAUGUUAGAAUAUCGCACCUCGUACAGUAUUUCUUCUACAAGAACCUUUGCUUCAUUUUUCCACAAUUUUUAUAUCAAUUCUUCUGUGGCUUCUCACAGCAGCCUCUCUAUGAUGCAGCUUACCUUACCAUGUUCAACAUCUGUUUUACAUCCCUGCCUAUUGUGGCCUACAGUCUACUGGAGCAACAUAUCCCGAUUGACACUUUGAUGUCCUUUCCAAAGCUAUAUAUGAAUGUUUCUGACAAUGCAAUGCUGCAGUUGAAGCCCUUCUUGUAUUGGACCUUCCUGGGCCUUUUUGAUGGCAUUGUGUUUUUCUUUGGUGGUUAUUUUCUUUUCUAUGAUAAUUCUUUAGAGGACAAUGGAAAGAUGUCUGGAAACUGGAGUUUUGGAACCAUGAUUUUUACAGUGCUAGUGUUCACUGUCACACUGAAGCUGGCAUUAGACACUCGUUUUUGGACGUGGAUAAACCACUUCGUCAUUUGGGGUUCAUUGGCGUUCUAUGUGUUUUUUUCAUUCUUCUGGGGAGGAAUCCUUUGGCCUUUUUUGAAGCACCAAAGAAUGUAUUUUGUAUUUGCCCAACUGCUGUCUUCAGUGUCCACCUGGCUGGCAAUAUUUUUCUUGGUGUUCCUCAGCCUUUUCCCAGAAAUCAUUAUGGUAAUCUUUAAAAAUACGAAAAGAAAAGGCCGCCAGAAAAGAGGGAGCUGUAAGACUGCAUGCAAUUCAGUGCCAGACAGACCAUCAGACAGACCUCUCCUUUUAAGAACAUUCUCAGACGAACCUAAUAUACUGUAACAGCCUGUUUCUUUGGAGCUGCCAGUAUUGGUGUCCUACAAACACAGGGAGAACGGCCACAUCUACUAAGCAAAGGCCAGAAACACCAUGACUCCUUUUACGGAAUGAUGCCCUCUCAGGAUUCUUCGGAUGCAAAGAUUAUAACCCCAGCAUGUGGGUUUAAAUUAACAGUGCUCUCUCUCUCUUUCUCUCUCUCUUCUACAAGCUGAGUAUCAGAAGCAAUCAAAAAGGAAGCCAAGAAAGUUGUUGCUUUUUAUUGUGGGUUUGUUCAAAUAAGGACAUUUUUUUGCUUUGUAUUUUUAAAAUAAUGGGGAAAAGUAGGGAGAGGUGUCUUAUAUUUCCCUUCUUUAAUCCCCAUAUUUGAAAAACUGACUUGCUACUCUGCUGAGAAAAUGUUGGAGAAAACUCCUUGAGAGAUUUUGGUACUUGGAAGACUAGUGGCCUGUUCUUCUGUGAUUCAGAUUCAUCCAAGAAAGGUGAAAUGCUGCUAAAGUUUUCUCUGUUUCGUUUCUUUGCCAUCCUGACCAAAGAAAUGGCAUGAGUUUAUGUUCCAAAGGGCCGUGUUCACAUUUUCUAUGAGCAUCACUAGAAAGAUCUUGUAUGUAGUUUGGUGGCUUGACCAUAAAUUAGAAUCAUGUAGAUGUACAUCUCUUGCUUACUCAGACACCACCACCCUACUCAGUCUGACAAGAAUUUUGCACCCCACAUUUAAGGCAGUUUUUUUUAAAGAAUGGUUGAUUUUUUUUUUUGCCCUAUACAUACAUUGACCCAUCAGAAAUACUUGAAAAAAUGGAAAGACUUUCUUUUUCCAGUGGUAUCCUUGUUCAUUUCAAACAUUAAGGUCUUCUCUGUUGAGUUUGGGUUGAAGAAUUCAAAAGUAACCAGUUUUCCAACACUUGCACAUUUGAAAGAUUUACUUUCUGUGGUCUAUUACUCUCUU